AUGGACAAGAAGAACGAAGACUUCGAGUUGCGGCCCAUGGGCUCGCGGGCUGGAAGUCGCAGUCCUGGAGGCCACGAAAGAGAUGGAUUUUUGUCGAGAUCACCAUCACGGCGACCGCAGCAACAGUCACUGGCGGCGCAGAUCAGCAAGGUCGACAACAGCCCAGGCGCCUCGAUCCUGGCGUACUGCUUUUCAUCCAUUAGCAUGACCGUAGUCAACAAGUUUGUUGUCUCGGGCAAGUUUUGGAACCUCAACUUCUUUUACUUGGCCGUCCAAGCCAUCGUUUGCGUCACCACGAUACAAAUAUGCAAGAACGUGGGAAUGAUUCGGGUCCUGGCUCCCUUCGACCAGGAGAAGGCCAAGAAAUGGUUUCCCAUAUCGUUGCUGCUCGUUGGCAUGAUUUAUACCAGCACAAAGGCACUUCAAUUCCUCUCCGUCCCUGUUUAUACCAUCUUCAAGAACCUUACGAUCAUCGUGAUUGCGUAUGGAGAGGUUCUGUGGUUCGGUGGCAGUGUUACGCCGCUAGCCCUUCUUUCUUUUGGCUUGAUGGUGCUUAGCUCCGUUGUGGCAGCCUGGGCUGACAUACAGCACGCUAUUUACGGGUCAGUAGGGGAGCAUGAUGCGUCUGCUGCCAUGUCAACUCUUAACGCAGGGUACGCUUGGAUGGGGUUCAACGUGUUCUGUACUGCUGCCUAUGUUUUGGGAAUGCGCAAAGUAAUCAAGAAGAUGAACUUCAAAGACUGGGACACCAUGUUCUACAACAAUCUUCUUACGAUCCCGGUGCUCAUUGUCUGCUCCCUGCUUCUAGAAGACUGGUCGUCGGAAAAUCUAACGAAGAACUUCCCGCCCGCGACACGUAACGGCCUCUUCAUUGGCAUGAUCUACUCGGGACUAUGCGCCAUCUUCAUCUCGUACUGUUCUGCUUGGUGUAUCAGAGUAACGUCAUCCACGACAUACUCAAUGGUGGGAGCGCUCAACAAGCUACCAAUUGCCGUUAGUGGCCUGGUUUUCUUUUCCGCUCCGGUCACAUUUGGCAGCGUAACGGCCAUUUUCCUUGGUUUUGUCAGUGGUAUCGUAUACGCGUGGGCGAGAGUUCGGCAGACGGCAGCAUCGAAGAUGUCGCUACCUACCACGCAGCCGAUGAGUGCCAGUUCCAGGAGCAACAACGAUGCCGCAAACUCAUGA